AUGUCUUCCUCUGGAGGUGCCCAACGUCACCAGCCGAAUGGCUUAAAUCUCACCCACUUCGCCUCUACGGACGACGAAUUGUUCAAUCCAAACCAGGGUGGGCAAGGUUACAGAUCCGCGCCCGAUUUUCGCUACCAAAGCCCAGACCAUCAGCAGCAGCAACAGCUUGAGAACCUUAGACAAAGCGCCUCACCCCAGUUCCAUACCUCUACGCUUCCACUUAACGAGAACUGGAGAGAUCAGAGCACUGUUCAAAGCUUUGGAGACUUUGCUUUAUUCCCAGCCCAGGAUAACAACUUGUACGGCGAUUACGAUAACAAAGAGGCCGUUUCGGGAAGCAUUAACCCAGCCGAAUUGAUGAAUUCUCAACACCCCCACUCGCAGCAUAACACUCCCCCGCUCCUUCUCAACCAGCAAACGUCCCAGCCCGAUUCUGCUGGUAUACUAUCCGCAUCAACUGGUUUCAACCAGUGGGAAAAUGUCUAUGCUCACAACGAGGAGUCCUCUUGGAGCCAUCGUAAGGCCCCAAGUGAAUACUCGGACAUUUCUUCAGCUGCCAACAGCCCAUACAUGAGGAACCAUGAAUUCUCAGAGCACCCUUCACCACUUCUCCAGGGAACCCACAUCCCUCAAGGAUCUAUGCAGGAAUUCCUAAAUUCUGGAGCUAGCCCCGGAGAUGCCUUUGGAUUAGAGCAGUUUACACUGUCUGAACGUGACGUCUCGCCACAUGUAUCCCCCAGAAUCAGCCCUGCCCCGGGCCACCAUAGCAGUGCCAAUAGUCCUUACAUGCUACCUCAGAAUAACCAGCUUUUGGGUUUUGUUCCGCCAAUGGGCUUAUCACAAGAUAUGAACAGCUUCCAAGAAUCACCUCGUUUGAAUGGGCUCGGACUUGAUAGAGCAACCGAGGAUGGCUUUGCCCCACAGAUUAAUGUUAUCUUCGCUCCCCCACAGAGACAGCCCACUUUCCCUGGUAAACCAGGAGCCACCCAUGAUGAUAGUGCUCUAAGACCUCCACCUAAAAAUGCGACAAGAAAAAGAGCCAAGUCCGACCCAUACACGGGCACCUCAUCUCUUAGUGCUGCUAUCCCCAUUACCAGGCCCAUCUCCCCGGGCGCUGCUAGCCCUGUAGGCGGGCGCUCUAGAGGAAACUCACUCAGUCCUUCAGAUGCCGUCAUAGCGCCUGUCGGUAGCCCAGGUAGCGUCACUUCCAAUGCGUCCUCGAAGCUCUCUCGCAGGUCCUCCACAAACUCGGUACCGCCCAACAGGGACUAUUUCCUAGGCCUCGCCAUGCCCGGGCGGCCAGGUACAAACGCAAGCGAUAAACGAGUCCAAAAGCACCCCGCCACCUUCCAGUGUAACCUAUGUCCGAAGCGCUUCACGCGAGCCUACAAUCUGCGCUCGCAUCUGCGUACGCAUACAGAUGAGCGACCGUUUGUAUGCACGGUGUGCGGGAAGGCCUUUGCGCGCCAGCACGACCGAAAACGUCACGAGGGCCUCCACUCGGGCGAGAAGAAGUUUGUGUGUCGCGGUAACCUUAAGCCUGGCGGCGUGUGGGGGUGUGGAAGAAGGUUUGCACGUGCCGAUGCGCUGGGACGCCACUUCCGCAGUGAGGCGGGCAGGGUUUGUAUACGGCCGCUACUAGAGGAGGAGAGCGCCGAGAGGGCGCGCAACCAGAUGAUGGCGCAGGGGCAGAUGAUGGACCCGACUAUGGGCCCCAUGUCGCACGAUGCGCACGGGAUGGGCAUGGGGAUGGAUCAUACUAUGAUGUUCCCCACUGCGCUUAUUGAGCAGUACCCUGCGCUGGCGAAUAUGGAGUGGGGAGCGCUGCAGCCAGGAGAGCAAGAUAAUGAUGAUUUAGCAGACACUGGAAGUGGUAUGGAUGAUGGCCAUAGAAGUAGUUUUGAAAAUAGCGGUAGCGAGUGGGACGAAGGGGGUGUGAGCGGUGGCUCCGCCAUGGGAAGUCAUAGGAAUAGCUACGAUGGUAGUCGUGGUGACUGGAGUGGUAACGAGGAAUGGGCCAGUGAUACCGGUGAUGGAUAUAGGAGGUAA